AUGAGGGCCAAACCAUCCGCCUAUACCAUGGACAACGUUUUUGGCAUCAACCGCCCCCGUCGUGAAGAUGCAUGGUCAGCCGAAGCUCGCAGACAAUGCUCUGCGGUACGGAAUACGUUCAGAAAAGAGAUACGAGACGGCCUCGCUGGCCGAAAGAAGUGCACUGUGCAACAAUUCACCUCACAAAUGAUCACUCGAUAUCGUCUUGGGUCCUCUUUUGUUUUGGAACUAGUACUGAGAUGGGAUAAGCGUCGCUUCCAUUGGGAAAACGUUGGACGACUAGGGGAUCAAGAUGAAUCUGUUCCCGAAGCCGACGACGCUUUUGACACCGUUGAUGAGAGCCCAACCGGCAGCCCAUGCGAUACCAUCAUGGGGAAGAAAAGAAAGACCCUGCACAACAAAGGGAUGACAUCUGGACGGGUGUCUGACGGCAACGAUUACUGGGCGCAGGUAGACUCAUGGUUUGCCACUCGUAUUUUGGAAUGGGGUUCCGACUUUACAUCUUCACAAUGGAGAGAAUUUAUUGAGGAAUCGCUCCUACAAGAUGACCUAAAGUUCAACAAACAUGCGUCUAAGACAACGCUGCUGUCGUCAACGACAGUUUCUAGACCCACCACACCAUCACCCGCCCCACCGUCUAACCCCCUUGUCCACACGUCCUCAAACCCUUUUCUUCAAGCCUCCAAUACGCAAGGUACCCCAGAAAGUUAUGUUGUGAAUGAUAACUGGCUUGCGGUCAUUCUUAAUUCUCAAGCUACAAAUGAGUAG